AUGAAUUUCAUCCUAUGGGGAAGUAAAAGUACUGGCGCCAUCCCAAUUUCCCUAUUUUUCAUACUCUUUUCCCUCUGGUUUUGCAUCUCGGUGCCUCUGACACUUGUGGGUGGGCUUUUUGGUGCACGGGCCGAGAUCAUCUCAUACCCAGUCCGGACCAAUCAGAUCCCCCGGGAGAUACCUGCUCGCAAGUACCCCUCGUGGCUUCUCGUUCUAGGUGCAGGGACACUGCCCUUCGGGACGCUCUUUAUAGAGCUUUUCUUCAUACUCUCGAGUAUCUGGCUCGGGAGAUUCUAUUACGUGUUCGGUUUCUUGCUUAUUGUUCUUUUGCUGCUGGUGGUUGUCUGUGCCGAGGUUUCUGUUGUUUUGACUUACAUGCAUCUCUGUGUCGAGGACUGGAUGUGGUGGUGGAAGGCCUUUUAUGCAUCUGGCUCGGUGGCGCUUUAUGUUUUCCUGUACUCGAUCAAUUAUCUGGUGUUUGAUCUGCAGAGCCUGAGUGGGCCCGUGUCUGCCUCGCUUUACCUGGGUUACUCGUUGAUAAUGGCUGUCGCAAUAAUGCUCUCGACCGGGACCAUUGGGUUUCUUACUUCGUUUUACUUUGUUCAUUACCUGUUCUCAUCCGUGAAGAUUGAUUGA